AUCUACCCUUAAUAAUGUUUGUCAUGCAGUGAGUCACAUGUUAUGUAAUAAGAGUCAGUUUUCUUGCAAUAUAAUUAAUAUAUAUAACUUGAUAUAAUCUUCAGUUCUCUGUGGUCAGUUUCCAAUAGAUCAGACUAUAUGGCAUCUGACAAGAAAGCAAUUGGUUCGGUCUCUCUUCACGAGUAUCUCGAACUUUCAAUUUUAAGACCAGCAGUCAUUGAGCAACUUCGAAAAUGGGUAGACAAUAGUACUUCUAUUAGCGUUCUUGUUUCAGGAAAAACAGGAACAGGAAAGUCUACUUUAAUCAAUGGCAUCAUUGGAAAGUGUGUAACCAAAGAAGGUCACAAGCUCAGUCGUGAAACAAGCCAAGUCAACAAGCACCAGUUGAAAGUACAGGAAGUGAAUGUUAAUAUUUUUGAUACUCCAGGUUUGGAGGAUAAAACUCAACAAGAUGCGACCUAUACUGAAGAAAUGCAAAAAGUAUGCAAUGAUGUUGACUUGUUCCUCUACUGUAUCAAGAUGUCCGAAAUGCGCUUUUUCGAAGGUUGUGAUGAUGCUAUAGCAAUGAAUCGAUUGACUAAAGCUUUAGGUGAUCAACUUUGGGUGAAUGGUAUGUUUGUUUUGACCUUUGCAAAUGAUUUAGUUUCGAUGGCAGAAGAUAGAGAUGAAAAUGUCCCUGAAUAUUUUCAGAAGAAGUACGUGCAAAUGGCAAAAGAAUUACGUGCGUUUUUGCAAGAUAUAGUGAAAUUGCCAGCAGGAAUUGUAACAAAUGUCCCAAUAGUUUGCGCCGGUUGUGCAAAGAAACCAAAACUGCCGAGCAUCACACCUGAACAUCUCGAAGCUUCUGUUCAUACCGAUACACAUUGGCUCAGCUUUCUUUGGAUAAAAGCUCUACGUAGAACCAAGCCGAGUGCACAGCCAGCAAUGAUAAAAGUAAAUCUCCACAGAUUGUCAGAAAACAAGGAAUAUUCGAUUGAAGAAAUGCGUGACUCCACUUGCGAAAUUAUCGAGAUGCAGCCUAUAAUGCUUGGUCAACAAGGAGCAGAGAUAAUGAAGGGCCUUGGUGAAGGCGGGGAGAAAAUUGGGAAAGUGAUUGGUGAGGAUGCUGGUAGGCGUUCUGGUGAGCAUAUUGCUCUUGCAUAUAACCUUAAUUUGCUUUUGGGUCUUUUGAUUGAUCUGACCAGCAAUUUACUCGAUUGAGUUUGAUGGUGAACAAAAUGAAACUAUAACAUUAAUUAGAUAUCAUAGCUUUGAACUACCAUGAUAACGAGUGCUGUAAGCUGCGCUGCCUCUCGCUCAACAACUAUUAAAAGAGGUAAUUAUAAAAUUAUAGUUUGCUUUGUAUACAUAAUAUUAAUUGUUACAUUAUGAUUGUUGAUUGCAA